ACCUUCGGCCUCUACCACUGAUUUGUUGAGUCAGGAUUUGUGACGUCAAAGACAGGGCGCAGAGGGAGAUACGGAAGCUGGUAAGGGUCAGGAGGUAUAGUCUUUCUGGAAGCGGGACGGAGGAGCAGGAUGGUUUACAUCUCGAAUGGACAAGUGUUGGACAGCCGGAAUCAAUCCCCAUGGAGAUUAUCGUUCAUAACAGAUUUCUUCUGGGGAAUAGCUGAGUUCGUGAUUUUGUUUUUCAAAACCCUGCUUCAACAAGAUGUAAAAAAGAAAAGAGGCUACGGAAACUCAUCUGAUUCCAGAUACGAUGAUGGAAGAGGGCCACCAGGAAACCCCCCAAGAAGAAUGGGUCGAAUCAAUCAUCUGCGUGGCCCUAGUCCUCCUCCAAUGGCUGGUGGAUGAGGAAGGUAAAUGUCUGCUUUAAGAAGCAGACAACUGGGCGUGCAUACUCAGAGCAGAAGGAAACCAUCAAGAAGUAGAGGGCUGACCAUGCCAAACAAGUAGAUGAGUGUGUACACCAAAACAAGGAUUGCUCUGUGUUCUCACAGGUGAAUGAGGUUAUGCUGGGAAUUCCCUCCAUGGGGAUCUGGCAUGACUGAUAUGCAGUUCUAUAAAUGCACAUGUUUGUCUCAUUUCUGUCUGUAUAGUUUAUGAAAGUCUUGGUAUAGUUUUAAUAAGUAAAUAUUUUGGGUUGUAAAACUGACUUCUCAUCUUUAUAAGAUUAAAACAAAUUGGAAGUAAAGUAAAAGGCUAUGCAUUUAGUACUAUUAGAGUCAUGCUUUUCAAUUUCUGGAAAUACCAUUUAUUGUUAAGUUGUUAUCAUUUAUAAAUAAAUCACAUUGUACUUAU